AUGCUUCGCUUCAAUCGGAUGCGAGCCCCUAUUUUCCGCCCUCUGAGCAUUCUCACACGGUUCAACGGAUCUCUUCUCAGAAACCAGGUGUUCAAGAGGUUUCAGUCGAUCAAGACCUCUACGAAUGCUGGUUCUUCGCAGAAUCCCUCCGGUAAGAAGGCUACCGGUAUCAAGGCGUUGAUGAAGGAGUACGGGUUUUCGGCCUUAGCAGUCUAUUUGCUGAUUUCUGCUAUCGAUUUGCCUCUUUGUUACUUGUUAGUACAUUCUAUGGGUAAAGACGAGAUUGAAUUCUACGAGAAUAGGGCCAAACAGACAUUUGGAUUUGGUGUUAGUGACGAGGAAUUGGCUCAGAAACAGGAGUUGGCCAGAAAUCAAGAAAAGCUUGAAAACGUAGACGUUGCCGGUAGAAGUGAAGGACAGGGAAUUUUCAGCUACUUGUGGUCACAGUUCUCAUGGACCGAGUUCGCUAUAGCCUAUGGGGUCCACAAGUCGUUGAUCUUCAUCAGAGUUCCCAUCACGGCAGCCAUAACUCCAGGCAUAGUCAGAGCCUUGAGACGCUGGGGAUUCAAGAUCGGUAGUGACAAGUUGGCUACUACUGCUACCAUAGCCAAGGAGAACAUCAAGGACUUUACUGCUUCCAGUUCAAAGUUUGGUACCAGGCCAAAGAACAAGAAGUGGUUCUGGUUCUUUUAGAUGAAAGAAAGAUAGAUAUAUAAGAAGAGAGAUACAUGUAAAUAAACGUACUUUAGAU